GACCAAGCAUCAUCUGUCAAUUACAUGUAUAGGGUGACGUAAUAAGUGACGUUCAUUUGCAUUUGAUACUUCGAACUUGCAACAGUAACAAUAUAAAAUGCCCCGAAAACCGCGUGGGAGAGGCCGGGAAAAAGUUGCAAGUUCUGUGACUCAAGACCCCACAAAUCCUGCUGAAGAAAAUCCUGAAGCUGGGAAUGAGCAUGAUGAACCUUCGACUGUUGAAGCUGGUGCUCUUCCCUCCACGGAAACGCCUCAGCCUGAUGAUCCCUCUGUUGAAUUCAAUGUAGAAGAAAGUAGUAAUGUUCUUCAGCAAAAGCGCAGGAAAAUGCAGGCAGACCUUACAGAGGACCAGGAGCAGACUAUGGUUGAAUGGCUCAGUGCACAUCCAAUCCUUUACAACAAAAAGCUAAAGGGGUAUAAAGAAACCCAGAAGAAAGAAUAUCUCUGGAGGGAACAAGCUAAUCUGCUUGGAAAAGACGUUGACAUAAUUAAAACCUGGUACAGUAGCAUUCGAACAAGGUAUGGGCGGCUGAAGAAAACGCGAUCUGGUGCUUCCGAUGAGGAAUUAACAGAAAGGGACAGUUGGAUUCUGCGUGAGUUUGGUUUCCUGCAGCCCCAUAUCAUUGAAGUCAAAAAACGCACCGCUGUUAGUAUGACGGCGAAGUUGGUCCCAACUAACCCCGAAGAGACUUUGACAUCAGACUCUACUGAAGCCCAAGCUGAUACUGCUUGUACAGACUCUCUUCACGUUAACGCCCUCGAUGAUUCCGCUACAACGGUAUCCACUUCCACAAGUGUAUCUUCAACAUCAACGUACUCAAGAGCCUCCCGAACUCAAAACCGGUCCUCUGAUGAUCCAAUCUUAGCAGACCUGGCAAGUAGUCGGGAACAGCUUAUUAACUUGCAGCAAGAGUUGCUGGGUCGCAUCAAGAAUACACCUGAACCUAAUGAGCGUGAUGCCUUCAUGGAGUGGGUUAAGAAAGCCGUGGCAGGCCUAAAUAAGUCUCUUUGGCGCCGCUUCCAGACUGACGUUCAACAACUGGUGAGCCGCUAUAUUGACAUGCAGGAGAAGCAGCAACAACAGAUCCAGCCAAGACAUGAUCUUUCCUCAAACAAGGAUAGUGAUUCCUGUUCCGUACAGUGGCAGCCUAAUCCCACACAAUGGCCAUCCCAAGUCGUCAAUACAACGUCUGUGUGGGGAUCUCAGGAACGUGCUUGGGUGCAGAAGCAGCAGUUUCAGCAGCAAGACAAGCAAGCAGGUACCCCUCCCGUUAGUAGACCUUCACAAGAGGGAUCAAGUGUGGUGUUCGCAGGCCUAAGCUCUCUUUUAGAAAUGGAUGACGGACAACAUGAACGCCAGCAGCAGUAAACGCUAAUCAAUACAAUACAUAG